GGUAAAUUAUUUCUGUAGGUAUGGGGGUGUGAAAGAACUGUUAUUCUUACUGGCACCAGUAGGCAUGGGGCUACAGUCUGUCCAGUGAAGACAGUAGCGUCUCAACACAACGAAGACAGCUAAUUGCAUUAUCAAAUUGAAAAUAUUGCUAAUAGGCGCCCGGCUGAUAGAACGGCGCGCAUGCAGCUUUCAUGAAGGAGGAUGGAGAUAGAGGAAAGGACGAAUGGGUUCGAUUACCCAGAGAGAAACAAUGCGAAGUCCGUCAACGGCUUCUAUGGUGACCAUCCCUUGGAAGUUGAACAAAAUGAUGUCAUAGAUGAAAUGAAUGGCAGUAAUCUUGAUGAUGCAGCUGACCCACGUGUUUGCCUUAUCUGUGGAGACCGCGCCACAGGACUGCACUAUGGCAUCAUCUCCUGUGAGGGCUGCAAGGGCUUCUUCAAGCGCAGCAUCUGCAACAAGCGUGUGUACCGAUGCAGCCGAGACAAAAACUGCGAAAUGUCGCGCAAGCAACGCAACCGCUGCCAAUACUGCCGUCUGCUCAAGUGUCUACAGAUGGGAAUGAACCGUAAAGCAAUCAGGGAAGAUGGGAUGCCAGGAGGGAGAAACAAAAGUAUUGGGCCUGUCCAGAUCACAGAUGAAGAGAUUGAGCGGAUCAUGUCGGGACAGGAGUUCAAGGAGGAAGCCAGUCUGCCGGAGCACACCUGGAGCAACAACGGUGACAGUAGUGACCACAGUUCUCCUAGCAACGGCGCCUCCGAGGGCAACCAGCCAUCACCUGCUUCCACUCUAUCAUCCAAUCGUUCUUUAGAGAUGGGUGGUGGCUACACGGCUGCUGUCAGAGACCAGUACAUCAACGCCCCCAUGAACACCCCCUACCAGCUGCUACCUCACCUCUUUAGCUACGCUGCCCAGUCAGGCCUGCUGGCCCCCCAGCCCCGCAGCCUCUACCCCCAGUCACACCCCCUGGUGAUGCAGCUUGUGGCUGCAGAGGACCUGACUCCACUGGCCACCCCCAUGCUGAUAGAGGACGGGUACAAAGUGACUCAGGUGGAGUUGUUUGCGCUGCUGUGUCGUCUGGCCGACGAGCUGCUGUUUCGUCAGAUCUCGUGGAUCAAGAAGCUGCCGUUCUUCUGUGAGCUGUCUAUCGAGGACUACACCUGUUUACUCAGCUCCACCUGGCAGGAGCUGAUCCUGCUGUCCUGCCUCACCAUCUACAGUGCACAGAUCUUUGGAGACCUGGCCGACGUCACCGCCAAGUACACUCCCUCUGAUGAGGAGCUGCAGGGGUUCAGUGAGGAUAGCAUGGAGUUGAUGGAGAGGCUGAUCUAUCUGUUCCGCAAGUUCCACCAGUUGAAGGUCAGCAACGAGGAGUACGCCUGCAUGAAAGCCAUCAACUUCUUGAACCAAGAUAUCCGCGGUCUGACUAACGUCUCCCAGUUGGAGCAACUGAACAAGCGCUACUGGUACGUGUGUCAGGACUACACUGAGUACAAGUACCCUCACCAGCCCAAACGCUUCCCUGAGAUCAUGAUGUGUCUGCCAGAGAUCCGUUUCAUGGCAGGGAAGCUGGUGAACGUUCCUCUGAAACAGCUCCCCCUCUUGUUUAAAGCAGUUUUGCACUCCUGCAAAUCCAGCUUCAUCAGCAACAGGACAGGAAGUUCUCCCUGUACGACUACUAUUGGUACCUCCCCCGGGAACUGAGCCCCGCACCCCGGCCCCAGGACCGCUCCUUGACAAGAAUCUUGCCUGGGGGGUGGGGCAAGGGACUGGUCCCCCUUCCUGUGAAUGUGACAAGCAAUUUUUGUUCUCUAUAUAUUUAUUACACGACAGAGCUGAAUGUAUGCUGAUUUACGCUGUGCACAUGCUUCUGUACAAACUAAAUGCACAUAGAUGCAUUGGUCUUUGGAGUUUACAAAUAUGUAUCCGAUUGCUCAACGUGUCGGUGUUGCCAUUGUUAGAACUAGAUUUUUAAGAUUUAUUUUAUUCGGAAUGGGGACGGGUAUAAAUGAGUUGACAAGUGUUUUGAGACUACCUCAGGAAGAUGAUGUUGCUAUUUUCAGGUACCUUUUUCUCGCUGUUUUGAAAUGAAGAGGUUGCCCAGUCUAAAUCAAAUCCCUGUAAAUGCUAUAAACUCCUGAAUCAUAGAUGAUAAGUCGGCCUUUAUCAUGACAUUGACCAAAGGCAUUGCUGCAUAUUCAAUUGAACCAAAGAUAGAAAAGCAUUCAACCCCGCAAACAACAAAUGAAUGUCCUGAAUUCCCCACUAGUACUGGUGUAUUUUCUCACUUCUUGUAGUAUUUUUGUACACUCUUUCAUACAAUCCACAAACAGACAUCCUGCAGGGAUGGCCUGGUCAAUGUAACAUUCCUUGUCUUUCAGUGAGAUGAAAUUUUGUUGGAUUGUGGGAUCUUCAUAGAAAACAAGCAUACGGGUAUUUUCUACAAUCAUAGACUGCAGAGCAAAUUUAGUUGCAGGGGUAGGGGAAGUUUGUUAUUAGCUUGAAUGAGAUUUUGUUUUGACCAAAGUGAUAUGCAAAGUUUUUUAAGCAGCACCCAUAGAUUGGUGAUUAGUCGAUAGCUCAGUGUAAUGAUUUCUUAUCAAUGAAGGACCAGGAUAAGAAAUGAAUCAAUCUGUGUAAGAGCCAGAGGGGAGACCCUCAGACAGACCGUGUAGCUUGUUCUUAUCCUAACCCCUAGGCUGAGACACCACAAACAAGGGUUCCACUCUCUUCUCUCCUAGUCCCUGUUGCACACAUCUAUUCCUCCAGACAUACAACCCAUCUUGGCUUUCAGCCCUCCACUGGUACUUCCUUGCCCAAACCUGAGCCUCUGCACAUGCUCACUGGGUUGGUGGUCCGAUCAGUUAGGCUACAAGGAAAUACUGGCUUGUUCAUUUGUACUACUACAUUUGUAGACAGUGUUGGGUUUAGAAUGCUAAGGUGACUACAUUUUGGCUGCAACAGAGGAGAGAUGGAGGAGACAUUAGGGUCUAUUCAUCUGGUCUGGGUUGACAGACUAGAGGUUACUUCUGGCUUGCACACAUUGUUUAAAAAAGCUAUAUAAAGAAAUAGGUUCUUUAUUUAUGAAGUAUGAGAUGAUCAUUUCAACCAGCCGUUAGCCGUUUCAUAACAACCAUUGUUUAAAACUUUGGAGCAAUGCAGUCCUUGCAAUGACUCUCUUUUAUGCAUGCUGUGGUGAGGCAGGAGACAUUCUUUGACCAUUACAAUGGCAAAGUGCCCACCCCGUAUUCUCCUCUCUCUCAGGUCCUUGUGGACCGGUAUUUAAACAGGGUAAAGUGAGUGUUAUGUAUUGCAUUCAUGAGUUACUCAGUGAUCACUAUGCUGAUGUACUUGUAGGAUUCUUAAUUGUAGAAUUCUGGACAUUGUAGGUCCUUCUAGAAAGUGUUUUAUUUUUCUGUUUUUUCUGUUUUAUGAAAGUGGCUGUUGUUUAAGGGCAUGUUUUAAGACUUUAACUGUUGCUCCCAGUUCAGUGUUUAGCUUAUUUGUCUGAAGAUGGUCGUAGACAGGACUUAAAAUCAGUAAGGUCAGAGAGGUCCCUUUUCCACGCUUAGUAUAACCAAGCUAACCUCAAUCAACAGGUGGGCUUACGAUUGCUGCCUCCAUCACUGGGUCUAGACUAGUCUGUCUAUAUCUUCUUAGCCUUAACACUGUACUACACUGUACCAUCUAAUGUCCUGAAACACGCUUUGAAUACUUUCACCAAUGCAGUGUUCUUUGUUUCAGUAGUUUCAAUUAGCCACCUUUCCAUGUUUUGUUGUGAUACAUUUCAUGUAUUUAGUUUUUUGGAGUGAAAAAGACCCCUAUCAUUUGUUUUAUUUUAAAUUCUUUCUGAUGGAUGUUGGAUGUGAUUCUAUCACCUUGACGUCGCAGUUCCAAAGGAAAUAAUGUUUAUGGUAUUGAUAUUACAAUUCUAAAGUGUUUACGAAUUGAUAACUUUUACUAUUACCAAAAACACUGAUUUGAUUAAUAGAAUGAUAUAUGCAGAGAGUGAAUUAACCAAUGGCAGGCACCUGUGAAACCGGUAAAUAUACAGUGCAUUCGGAAAGUAUUCAGACAUCUUGACUUUUUCAAAAUGUUGUUACUUUACAGCCUUAUUCUAAAAUGGAUUCGAUUGUUUUUUUUACUCAUCAAUCUACACACAAUACCCAAUAAUGACAAAGCAAAUUUAUUAAAAAGAAAAAACAGAUAUCACAUUUAAGUAAUUAUUCGGACCCUUUACUCAGUCCUUUACUCAGUACUUUGUUGAAGCACCUUCUGCAGUGAUUACAGCCUCGAGUCUGUAUUUGAGAUGUCAGAUCGGGUUCAAGUCCGGACAUUCAGAGACUUGUCCUGAAGCCACUCCUGCGUUGUCUUGGCUGUGUCUUUAGGUUUGUUGUCCUGUUGGAAGGUGAACCUUCGCCCCAGUUUGAGGUCCUGACCACUCUUUAGCAGGUUUUCAUCAAGGAUCUCUCUGUACUUUGAUCCGUUCAUCUUUCCCUUGAUCCUGACUAAUCUCCCAGUCACUGCCGCUGAAAAACAUCCCCACAGCAUGAUGCUGCCACUACCAUGCUUCCCCGUAGGGAUGGUGCCCGGUUUUCUCCAGACGUGAGGCUUGGCAUUCAGGCCAAAGAGUUCAAUCUUGGUUUCAUCAGACCAGAAAAUCUUGUUUCUAAUGGUCUUAGAGUCCUUUAGGUACCUUUUGGCAAACUCCAAGUGGGCUGUCAUGUGCCUUUUACUGAGGAGUGACUUCCGUCUGGCUACUCUACCAUAAAGGCCUGAUUGGUGGAGUGCUGCAGAGAUGGGUGUCCUUCUGGAAGUUUCUCCCAUUUCCAUAGAGGAACUCUGGAGCUCUGUCAGAGUGACCAUCGGGUUCUUGGGCACCUUCAUGACCAAGACAUUUAUCCCCCGACUGCUCAGUUUGCGGACAGCUCUAGGAAGAGUUUUGGUGGUUCCAAACUUGUUCCAUUUAAUAAUGAUAGAGGCCACUGUUUUCCUGAGGACCUUCAAUGCUGCAGAAAUGUUUUGGUACCCUUCCCCAGAUCUGUGCCUCAACACAAUCCUGUCUUGGAGCUCUACGGACAAUUCCUUCGACCUCAUGGUUUGGAUUUUGCUCUGACAUGCACUGUCAGCUGUGGGACCUUAUAUAGACAGGUGUGUACCUUUCCAAAUCAAUUGAAUUUACUACAGGUGGACACCAAUCAAGUUGUAGAAACAGCUCAAGGAUGACCAAUGGAAACAGGAUGCAUCUGAGCUCAAUUUCAGGUCUCAUAGCAAAGGGUCUGAAUUCUUAUGUACAUUUUUUUUGCUUUGUUAUUAUGGGGUAUUGUGUGUAGAAUGAUGAGAUUUUUUUUAUUUAAUCCGUUUUAGAAUAAGGCCGUAAUAUAACAAAAUGCGAAACUGGUCAAGGUGUCUGAAUACUUUCUGAAUGCACUGUAUAUGCAUAUUUAUGCAUGAUCUUUCCAUAUGCAAAGCCUUUAUUGUAUUCCCCAGUAUCCUUUGGAACAGAAUUGAUAAGGUUUCACCUCAGAUAUUAGAAGGGAGUCACACAUUGUGGCUUUCUACUUUUCUUUGAGUUUACCAUCAGUAAACAAAACCCGAGAACAUUUAAAUGUUCCAGUCAUGGUGGGGAGCAGCCAGCCACUGGUCUGGGGGGCUUAGUACACAUGGCACGCCUAAACUCAGGGAUCAGAACUUCUUAGGGGACAUGUGUGUGAGACCCUAGCCCAGUGCUGCUGUCCCCAUACAGUGUCACGAUGGCCAUCAUACGUAAAUAUAGACCCUUAGUGGCAGAUCAUUCCUAGCAGUCGCUUUUAAAAUCUAACGUCACAUUGUUACCUACCUUACAGCCACCUCCACGACUGUUCGCCACUUUCAUGUUUUGAAAUACAUGUAUUACAUUCUCAUUAGUAUUCUAUUAUUUUCUAGAAUGUGUUUUCACCGAUAAUGGAUAUGUCAUUUGCAAUUUCUAUACUGAAACUACCUCUUUUUGUGUCAUCAUGUAUCUUACUUUCACACAGGUAAUGCUUUAAAAAAAAUCAUAUUCAUUGUUUUCAAUAGCUAGGUUUCCAUCCAAUUGGUGACAGAUUUUCUUGCAGAUAUUCUAAAAUCCGCAUAAAGAAAAUAUGCGCAUUUCCCACCAGUGGUGUUUCCACCAAACAGACUUGCGGUAGUGCACAGAAAAUGUACUUCUUUGCUUCAAUUUUCAUUUACCAAAUAAAAAUCUACAUUUCAAAGUGUUUCUAUCGCAUUUUUAGCUCUACGGAUAGUUUUGUCACAAAAGUUUUGUUUCCACCACCAUUUCUUGCAUAAUGAAUUUUACUGACAUGAAAAGAUCCCACCAUGUCGAACUAACAAAUCAUCUGUCGGCAUUUAUAACAUUGUAGCGAAACGUCCUGUUUCCAUCACAGCUGUCAGGAUCUGUUUUUAUACGUUAUGACUUUACUCACAUAAAACAUUUGAAUGGAAAUGGGGUUAUUGCACCAAUGUUCUGUUAUUUUGUGUCUCUUAUUUUAUCCAGUUACCUCUCACUGUUACUUAUUGUGCAUGUAAAUGUUGCCUCAUAUGCUAUUCCGUGCUACCUCAGGACAAACUGUCUUCUAGGCCUAAGUGGGUGGGAGUUAGUUUGACCACCUUGACACUUUACAUUUACUCUAACCACUUUUUUUCUGUGAUCAUCAUAUAUUUUCAACAUCAUUAAUUAACAACAUCAUACCUCACUGAUCAAUAAAAACUGAUCUUAUUUACCACCUUGACUACCAUGAUUACCAUGAUCAUGAUUACCAUACCAAAGAAUUUCGACAGGAAUCUCAACAUGAAUCAGUUUACUUUGUAGUGUCAUAUUAAUAAGUAUUGUAUUCAAAUCAAUGUAUUGUGUUCCUUCACUAUAUUGAUAUAGUUGUUUUGAUGUACCAAACAAUCUACUUGUGAAAUGAUCAGUAUCAUGUUUGAUAUUUAUAAUGCUGCUUGUGAGUGAUUAUCAGUUAGAAUGUAACUUUGGCCAAACUGCCAUUUACUGUUGUUUACAUGCUUUUCCUCACUCCUCUCAAUAAUAACUGGUGAAUGAGUUUUGUGUUAUAAAAGUGUUUUAAGAAGCUUAUUCAGUGUUAUAACAAUUCAUUCACUGAGGCUCCUCAUCAGCGAGCCCACAAUGGGGAAUGUCUAAGGCAACUAGAGGAGCCUUAGAAAAUCAUAAUGUAUCUCUGCGAACAACAUCUUAAUGUUUUUCCAUUGAAUGUGAAGAUACCACUAGAUAUGCAGAUGAAAUACAUGACAUUUCUAUCUGCCAUGUUUUUUUAGUUUUUUAAAAAUCAUUUGAAAAACCUUUCUCCUCUGCUCUUGUUACUACCUGUGAUGAAUGUGAUCCAUACGUGUUGAAUGCAUGUUUAGAAUGUGUUAGGAUUUGAAACCAAAAUAAAUGUGAACGUUAUGCAACUGUGA